AUGCUUACCGAGAAAAGACGGUCUUAUACGCUCUUCCGAGCGCCUUUCAAGUACAUUAAACGAAGCACCAAGUCGCGGAGCCACGCCGUGUCGGUCACUGCAAACUGUCAAUGCUAUACUGAGUCCCUUCUCCGAUACGUUAGUACCGAGACUGUGGCAGAGCUUGUUCGGUCGGAUAAAGUCUCUGAGGAAGAUGCCAUCUAUCUUGUCGACUGUCGCUACCCAUAUGAGUUCAAGGGGGGCCAUAUAGUGAAUGCCAUGAACUUCCCUCCGUAUAACAUGGAGUCUCUGAAGGAGUUCGUGUUCAACGAGCUAGCCAGCCGAGAUCGGCGUCGGGCUAUAAUAAUCCUCCACUGUGAAUUCUCUCAAGUCAGAGCACCUCUUGCGACUGACGCUUUGAACAAGCACUCUGCUCGGUAUGGGUGUUCGAGGCCACUGGAGCUGUAUGUCAUGAAGGGUGGCUAUUGCGACUUCUUUCGGAAGUUCAAACAGCUCUGCGAGCCCCAGGCCUACACCGAAAUGCAAGGUAACAGCGCAGAGAACGUCGAUAUUGGACCUAACCUGCUAUACCCUGAUAGCCGGCAGCUGGGUAGAAGUAGUCCCCCACCAGCUCUGGUUGCACGUGGUCGACGGCGAAAGGCACGUGGGCGAUGCUUCGAUGAUAUGGAGAUCUCAUUCCGUGGUGAGGGCGUAGCGAUGAUGGACGGUUAA